UAUAACCAUGGAGAGCACUUAAUUUUUUACCGAAUGGCAGCCAAAACUGACUCGCUUGGGAAGAAUGACGUUUCCUCUAGAAGAAGGGCAAAAAGAAUACGGGAAAAAGGUUCUCAAACUGACGACGACCUCGAGGAGCUUCCCGACCACGAGGGUGACGCCACGCUGAAAGCCUUUGACGAUAUCAGGAAUAAGUUAGAAAGCUUACUUCUUCUCAAACCAGCCGUUGAUGACCUAAAAUCAGUAAUUGCUAAACUCACAGAGGAAAACAAGCAACUAAUGGAAAGUUUGAAUUCUGCAACUAAGGAAAUUCAAGAAAUUAAAAAUGCUGCCGCGGCGACUGAAAAGGUGACUGCUUCGCUUCGCAAAGAAAAUGAUCAGUUGAAGGCUGAAGUCGACAAAUUAGUAUGUCGCAACAUACGUCUUGAAGCUCAGUCAAGAAGAAGCAACUUCAGAGUUUACGGUGUCAAAGAUUCUUCACAUGAAACUCCAGCAGAAACCGAGCAAGUGUUGAGAAACGUCCUGAUACAACAGCUUCAAAUACCUGAAGAAGACGUAAACAAUAUGAGCUUCGAAAGAGUUCAUCGAAUUUCUAACACCCGAGCUGUUAAUCAAACCAACAAAUCUAAGAGUCCGCGCCCAAUAAUCGCCAAAGCCAGCUUCUAUCAAGACAAGGAGCAAAUUUUUUCAUACGCUAGAAGCUUACCAAAAGGCUCAAAGAUCGGUGUUGCCAGUGACUUCCCAAAAGAAAUCGCCGAUAUGCACAAGAAACUUUACCCAAUCUUGAAAGCUGCUAAAGCCCAGAAGAAAAAAGCUUUCUUUAAUGUCGACAAACUUAUUAUUGAAGGGCAAGUUUAUCGUGGAAAAGAAACUAAAGAUCUUCCUCUGUACGGUAAAGUUAUGGUACAUGAUUAG